GGCGGGGUAACGCUGCUGAAAUCAGUUGAGUGACAACUCCUGGGAAGACCUGUUCCAUCCCCUGCCGUCCAGGGGGGCUCACCGGGGAGGCCGCUGACCCGCAGGGAAGACCCAAAGGUAACUGAUGUGAUGUGGGAGGAAGAAAAUGGGGUGUGUGAGUCACUGGUCCAUGGAGCAUCCGGGCCUCCAAAAUUCCAACGCGACUACCGACAGGUCAGGGGCAUAACCGAUCCUCCGGGCGCGAGGAGCAGCCGUCAGGAUGCUGGCCCUGGGCCUGCAAACCUGGGGGCCGUCCGUCAUGCGGGGUGAGGGCCUGUGUCCAUCUUUCUAGGACGACUCUAGGGCCAAAGGCCGGGAGGGCGGGGCGUCCUUUGGGUCUGUGGGAACUGUGGGCUUCCAGCGCGCGGGCCAUCACUGCCCGGAGGGCGGCGGGCCCGCUCUCCACGGGGACUGUCGUCCCAUCCCCCGGGGCCGCGGUCCUGACUCCCCCGAGGUUCAGGGGAGGCUGCCAUGACAGACCAGGCCGGGGAGCCCGCGCCCCGCGCAGCAGCUCUGAUUUGCCGGAAAGCUGCUCCCGGUCCUGCUCCCGCUCCCGCGCUGAGCUCUGCGGUACAAUUACCUUUCCGAGAGCCGCCGCCGCGCUCCCGCGGGCAGGUUCCGGCCCGCGCUCCGCCCCGGGAUUCUAUUCGCCCGCAGGGUUGCUAAACCCCGCCCCCCCAGGGUUCGUCCAAUCCGGACUCAGCCUUUAGGCUCGGCCUCCACGUUUCGCGUAGCUACUUCCGGUCCUACCCCGGAAGUCGCGCCAAGGAGCCAAAUUUGAAGGGAGCUGAGACGCGGAGGCGCGGCCGAGGUCUGCCACGGUUUCCUUGGCGACCCGGGCCCUGGAGUCCGGUGACCAUGCCCAUCCGCGCGCUCUGCACCAUCUGCUCCGACUUCUUCGACCACUCGCGCGACGUGGCCGCCAUCCACUGCGGCCACACCUUCCACCUGCAGUGCCUAAUCCAGUGGUUCGAUACAGCACCAAGUCGCACCUGCCCACAGUGCCGAGUCCAGGUCGGCCGAAGAUCCAUCAUCAAUAAGCUCUUCUUUGACCUGGCCCAGGAGGAAGAGGGGGUCUUAGAUGCAGAAUUCUUAAAGAAUGAACUGGAUAAUGUCAGAGCCCAGCUUUCCCAGAAAGAGAGGGAGAAGCGGGACAGCCAGGGCAUCAUCGACACCCUGCGGGACACGCUGGAGGAGCGCAACGCCACCGUGGAGUCUCUGCAGCGGGCCCUGGACGAGGCCGACAUGCUGUGCUCCACCCUCAAGAAGCAGAUGAAAUUCUUGGAGCAGCAGCAGGAUGAGACCAAACAAGCCCGGGAGGAGGCCCGCCGGCUCAGGAGCAAGAUGCAGACCAUGGAGCGGAUCGAGCUCCUACUCAAGAGCCAGCGGCCUGAGGUAGAGGAGAUGAUCCGAGACAUGGGUGUGGGCCAGGCAGCGGUGGAGCAGCUGGCCGUGUACUGCGUGUCCCUCAAGAAGGAGUAUGAGAACCUGAAAGAGGCUCGGAAGGCCUCCGGGGAGCUGGCUGACAAGCUCAAGAAGGACUUGUUUUCCUCCAGAAGCAAGUUGCAGGCGGUCUACUCUGAGCUGGACCAGGCCAAGCUGGAGCUGAGGUCGGCCCAGAAGGAUUUGCAGGGCGCCGACAAGGAAAUCGCGAGCCUGAAGAAAAAGCUCACGAUGCUGCAGGAGACCCUGAGCCUGCCGCCGGUGGACAGUGAGGCCGUGAACCGGCUGGUGCUGGAGAGCCCGGCCCCUGUUGAGAUGCUGAGCCUGAAGCUGCGCCGGCCGGCCUUCAGUGAUGACAUUGACCUCAAUGCCACCUUUGAUGUGGACACGCCCCCAGCCCGGCCCCCUGGCCUUCAGCAUGGCCAUGCCAAGAAGCUCUGCCUGGAGAAGGCACACUCUCCCACUCAGGACGGUCCCAGGAAGCUGCCCAAAGGCUCCAAGCAGGUAAGGCUCCCAGAAGCUCAGUCACCAGCAUCUGAGUCCCUAGGUUCCCAGCCAGGACAGAGCACAGGAGGUGGCGCGCUCUUCAUCCGGAACGCUGUCCUGGGCCAGAAGCCAGCCAAGAGAGCCAGGGCGGAACCCCGCCGCAGCACGGACGCAGUCAGAACAGGCUUCGACGGCCUAGGGGGCCGGACCAAGUUCAUCCAGCCUACCGACACAACUAUGAUCCGCCCCCUGCCGGUGAAGCCCAAGGCCAAAGCUAAGCAGAAGGUGGGGGCCAGGCCAGCGCUCCCUCCCUCCCAGGCCAAGCUGGACACCUUCCUGUGGUAGCAAGAACAGGGAGGCCGACCAGCGGCCUCCGACUUACAGCCGAGGACUGGCUCAGCCGGGGGUAGGGCCGGCCCUCUCCCAGGACCAGCCUCAGGGCAAUGGCGGACAAGAAGCUAGGGCUGGUGAGGCCCAGAGGAUGUGCUUUCCCAGCACGCGGCCGGCCUCACCCCCCAUGCUGGGCCUGGCGGGGUCGGGGGAGCUGUGGUCAGCUCACUGUUCCUGCCAGCAGGCUUGCUCCGUGUUGCAGGCCUCCAUGUAUGGCCACGACCAGCUGCUGAGCUCCCUCGGAGCCUCCAGACCAGGGCCAUUUGCUGACUGUAUGGGCCAAGUGCUCCAGGCUGCACAGGCAGCGUCGCCGCCCAAGCUUCUGCCUGCCUGGCGUCCUGCUAGGCGUGGCCUGGCCAAGCAGAGGGGCAACAAAGGGUGGUGGUGGGCAGAGGAGGGGCGAGAUUUCUAUGUUGAAAAUAAACAAGAAUCUUUUCUUCCUGUG